AUGUCCUCUAGUGAUCAAAAUCCAGCCGCCACACCCGCGUCGGGCGGCCCCGCCGAGCCGGCUCCGCCGGGCAGGCCAACAACGGUGUCCUCGCAGGUCCUCGACGUGGGCGCGCAGCUGGUGCAGGCGCUGAAGCCGGUGCGGCAGAUGAAGCAGCACGCGUGCAGCUUCGCGCUGUACGCCUACGACUUGCACCGCCAGAUGGAGGUCCACCACUUCGUCUCCCGGCUCAACCAGGACGUCCUCCAGUGCGCCGUCUACGACUCCGACAAGCCCUCGGCCCGCCUCAUCGGUACGCGCCGACGCCGUCUCUUCUCCGCCGCGCCUGCACGCCGCGCCGUUACAAAGAUUACAGUUGUGAUGAUGGCAGGCGUGGAGUACAUCGUCUCGGACACCAUCUUCGAGGGCCUGCCGCCCGACGAGCAGAGGCUGUGGCACUCGCACGCGUACGAGGUGAAGGCCGGGCUGUGGACCGACGUCGGCGUGCCGGAGUCCCUGCAGAGCUCGGAGAUGGCGAGCCUCGCGAAGACGUACAGCAAGUUCUGGUGCACCUGGCAGGUGGACCGCGGCGACGCGCUGCCCCUCGGCGCGCCGGCGCUCAUGGUGUCGCCGCAUGCCGCCGAGCCCGGCCGCGCGCGCGGCGAGCUGGUGCGCGGCCGUGACGAGAGGUACAGGAUCGACAGCUCGGCGGGGGGGCUCAAGGCGGCCAGGGUGGAGAUGGACGAGCCGGAGUGGAUCAACCCGAACGCCGACUAUUGGCGGUUGCACCGCAAGGGGUUCGCGGUAGACGUCGUCCAGGCCGAGAUGAAGCGCCACGCGCCCUUCCCGUGA